AUGUCCAGAAUCUGCCGCGCAGGGGCCGCCGCCCAGUCCCUCGCCCGCUUCCUCGGCGCCUCCCGGACCCGAUCCUUCGGCGCAGCGGCGGCGAUCCAGAUGGAGUACGAGAGCGACGACGAGUUCGAGUUUGAUCGCCGCCGCGGCAUCGCCGGAAUGGCGGACGCGUGCGGGGAGGCGGGGGGGAGGGGCGUGCAGUGGGUGUUCAUGGGGAGCCCCAGCGCCAGGAGGCACGUCUACGCCAAUCGGAUCGCGCAGCUCCUCGGCGUCCCCUACAUCUCCAUGGGCGGCCUCGUUCGCCAGGAGCUCCAUCCCCUCUCGUCUCUCUACAAGCAGGUCAUCUCCCCCUCGUCACCCCCGCUGCUUGGAAAUUUUCUCCGUUCUUUAUUUUCUUCUCCGCUUCUGUGGUGUUGUGUAAUCCCUGCGAUCCCUUUCUUUUCUUCUGGAGGGCUGAGCAUGGAAUUUAUCCGACACGAGGGGCCAUCAUGUCAUUUCAGAAUACCGGCAUGUGAAACCCACGGGUUCUUCAACUGCGCGCCUAUGAGAGAUGUGUUGUCUGGCCUUGUCAUUUAUUGCUGCCCAUUCAUUGUUCUUUCUUCAUUCACGAGAGGGAUUUGUUUGGGCUGCUUGUUGCUGCUUUCGCCCGAACUAAGCCGGGUGACGUUUUCGUAUUUUCCGAUUUGGAACUCUUCGAAUGGUCUCGGUGAGGGAAAGGAAGCAGUCCACUGAUUGUCGUCGUUCUUGCCUUUUAGAUUGCAAAUGCUGUGAACGAAGGGAAUCUCGUACCGGAGGAUAUCAUAUUUGCUCUUUUAUCACAGAGGCUCGAAGAAGGGUACGCCAAAGGCGAAAGGGGGUUCAUUCUGGAUGGGAUCCCACGGACUAUGGUGCAAGCUGUGAGUCACAGCAUCCCCUAACUCCCAUCGUCUCUUUCUUCUGCUCUAUAGAAUAUCUUUUGUUGGGGAUCAUGAUUCAUGAAAGGCUUUUAUUGAUGCUAGAUAAAUGAAGUUUUCUAUCAGGUGGGCGAAAAUGCCGCCACUUUGUGGCCCCGAGUGGCUGCUUAGUUGUUUUUCCUCAAAAUCUUUCGUAAUGAAUGCAUUGAUAAACAGUCUAAAAUAGUGAAUAAUAAUGCUUUGUGGUUAGCAAUUUCAUCAAAGAAUGAAGAUGAUUACUCAUUAAUCAUGCUUGAUGUGUUUUUCUAAGUACCUGCAUUGGAUGAACCACGACUGAUUACGUUACCUACACUAAUGACCGGUAUUUCAAAACUGCACUUGUUGUUGAAAGGCCUGAUCUUGCUAGUAUGAAGUCUUGUUUUACGUAGAUUUCUACGUACCCAGAAGUAUACUUAAAAAUAGAAUGUAAACGGCUGAAUCUGAAGGCGACGUCAAGAAAAUAAUUCGUUGUCCUCUUUCAUCAGGAAAUCCUUGAUCAAGUCGCUGAUAUCGACCUAGUUGUAAACCUCAAAUGCAUGGAGGACUGCUUGGCGAAAAAGCACUUAGGUGGCAACAUCUGUCCUCCCUGUGCCGCAUCUGAUAACAAUGGAAUUUGUAAAUUGUCCACCAGCAAAUCAUGCGUGUCAGUGAGAAUGCAGCACUCUAAACUGGAAGCACCCUCUGCAAUUGAUGAUGGGGAAGUUCGUCGACAAAAGUUACAGCUUUAUGUCGAGCAGGUAUAUCCAUUUCUUCUCUGAGGUCAAACUUUCAUGCAUUAAAAGAUAUAUAUAGAUAAUUCACUCUGGGAGAAAACAGGUAAUCUCGUGUAUCAGAAUGGUUAUUUUAGGCAUAGCAUGGCUACAUAUGUCUCAAUUAUGGCUGUCAUGUGAUGUCUUGCUCGUGUCCAUGACUUCGUUGAUGUUGAUAGUCGUUGACUGUUCUUGAGAGAGAAGAUUGUCAAAGCACUUUUUUUUUUUUAAUCUGACAAACUAAUUCAGCCAAUAUCUUCCGGGCAGAAAAUUGAUCUGACUCAACAUCACUGCAGAGCAGAAAAUUUUCUUUUGAAAGAGUUAGCAUGCAAAAUUAAUGCUCUGAUUCAGCCUUCCACAUGCAGAGACCUGUUUAAAGCAGACAGUAAUUUGAUUUAAUGUGUUCCUAAUUAACUGGAUCCCUCCUCCCACUGGAUAGAGCAAAUUACUGGAGGACUACUACCGGAAGCAGAGGAAGCUGCUCGACUUCCAGGUCUCCGACGGCCCCAGGGAGACGUGGCAGGGGCUGUUGGCGGCGCUGCGUCUCCAGCACAUCGACGCAAUCAGUUCCUUGCCAACAUUGACGCCCUGA